CGAUAAAAGUAUGAACUGCAAUAGCUUCAAAAUGGCGGACACGGUUGGCAACCUGUUCGUUUGGUCCUGUCAGAUGACCUCCGGUGGCUGUUUCGGGAAAAUGACUGGCCGUCCGUCGAUGUAGACCGACUCAUAGAUGUCUCGAGACCGGAAAGUGCUCGUUAGGUAGAUGCCAUCAACCUUCCCAGUCGCUACAACCCGUAUCCUGACGUUGUUUUGGUGAAGGACCACCGCGGCUGCAGGGACAGUCGUGAGAGCUAGCUGGCAGUGAUUUACAAAGCUGCCGCCGCGGCCACAACAUGACCUCUUCCUUCGGAGGGCCCGUCAAGCCGAAGCCGAGGUCUGCAGGAUCCGCCGGGAAAGGCAGAUCCCAGGGAAAACCUUCCGACAGACUCAACCCCAAAACUGUCAAUCCGUUCAAUGGCACAGCAAAGCAUGAAACAGCAUUUUCUGCCAUGUACACCAAUGGUGGUAUACCAUGCAGAUUAAUGCAUGGGUCAGUGAAGCACAAGCUGCAAUGGGACACGCCCCCAGAAGUCCUGCCCUUUGACCCCUUACUUGUUACAUUAGCAGAGGGUUUGCGGGAGACCAAACACCCGUACACGUUUGUGGCCAUGAUGGGUUUCCAGCAGCUGCUGGAGGUGGACCAUGCAGGGGACAAGGCUGUUCCUGUCCUGCCUCGUGUGGCAGCUGCUGUCAGGCUGGCUCUGGCCUCUCCAGAGGAGGAGGUGUUUGAACGAGGGCUGGCGGGGUUGACCUGCCUGAGCACCACGGUGGGCCCCGCCCUCAACCAACACCUCAAGUCACUCCUGUCCUAUUUGUCCAAGAGGAUGAUGGAGAAGAAGUACCGUGAUGAUGUCACUAAAACCCUGCAGCACCUGGAGCAGAACGGAGGAAAGGAGUGCCUUUCCAUGAUCAAGUCCAAAGUGCCAACUUACUGCUCAAUACAUUCAUGACAAUGUCCGACCAUUCAACGAUUGGUACAACUUUACCUUGUUGUAAUUCAUGUACCAUAAUCCUGAAGACAAGAACUUUUUAAUAAGCAAUGGGAGACUUGUGAAGGACUCCACGGAGUAUCAUUCCACAGUCAUGUUUGUAUAACAUGAGCAAAAGAAAUCUACCAGCCCAGGAGUUUGGAGCUGUAGUCAGAGUAUUAAGUAUACAAAAUGCUGCAGACAGGAUGUUUCUGUCCAAGAGGUGUUGUCUAGUUGUAACAAUGUGUUCAGCAACCAGAUUUAGGCUGUUGUUGUUAUACGUGUAUCCGAGACUCAUUGGUAGUAUGAAUUAAAAUCCUUGUUCCCUGUUGUUUUUUCCCCACUGUACAUAGCCCGUGUUCCGUCAUCAGAUUUGCAUAUCGAGUAGCACGGCCACAUUUGUGGCAGGUUGUUUGAUUUUGAUGUAGAAUUUUAAAGCAGGCUGUGACAGAACCAACUGAUCACAAGGAUCUAAGACAGCAUUUUGGGUAACAAGACAGCUGGAUUUUUUACGACUAUCCUGAGAAUUUUUUGAUCGUACAAUGAUCGUGCAAUGAGUACUUGUGACCAGGCCCUUACAUCUGGAUCAUCACACUUAUGUAUGAGGCAGGUUCUAGCCUGGUAUCCAAACCUACAUUGUUUUUUAGCUGCAAAGUCUCUUUCGCCCUAAUAUUUUCACAGAAGACGAAAGAAACUUGGCAAGUAAAAUAGGAUACCAGGCUAGCAGCUACAUGACUGGGUACUAGAAGUACAACUUUUGCACCUGGUUUUCCCCUUUUUGUUAAAUGAAAAACAAGUCAUGUAAUUGAUAGCCUCAGAAAGUAGAGCAGAAGUUGAAAUUAAAACACUCCGUGCCAUAGGUUUCACUACAACAGGAGAGCAGAAUUAAUAGUUAUACAGUUGAGUACUACAAAAAAAUCAGAGGGUUGCACAGCAGAGUUUUUAAUUCAUCCCUUUUUCACCAGUGAAAUGUGCACUUUUCUCACAGAGUGCAAAUGAGUGAAGUGAAAAACGUUCACAUCUGGGCUUGUACAGGGAGGUAUGAUGUGGUCUACCAUUUGAUGCACAAAACACUUGCACAGUGAAAUUCGUGAAGCAUCAGUUAAUGAGUUGAAUGUGAGUUUUGCCAUAAUAUUAUAUAUCAUUUAUGUAAUGUUCACACUCCGUUGCAAGAGUGUUGUAAUGUUUGGUUUCUUCAUAACUUUGUGUAUCACAAAGUUUUACUUGUAAAACCAUAACAUUCUAUCCUCAACCACACAGAAGAGUCUUUUGUAGGAGUUACUUGCAUUUGACAUUGUUAGAAGUUGCUCUAAGUGAAAAGUUAAUGGCUGCUAUCAUACUAGUGAAGUUGGAGUUGUGUUUUUUUACAGUCAAGCCAGUGUUAUUUACUGUUUUAGUAAUGUUACUUACUGUAGUGUUUGUACCAUGUUUCUUGUGUAAAUAAAGGCAGACUUCUGUGAACAGGA